AUGUCACUUGCUGAUGAACUUCUUGCUGAUCUUGAAUAUAUGGAUGGAGGUCAAGGACCUUCAGGUGAUUCAAAAGAAGAAUCAAUGGAAACUGAACAAGUUUCGUCUGCAAUGAAUUUUUUACCAAAUAAAAAUAGUGUUCAUGCAGUUGCAAAAUUAAAAGAUUCAAUAUUAUUACAAGAAACAAUGAAAAAAAUCGAAUUUCAUACAAAACAUCAACGAAAAUCAACAAUGGAAAUUCAAGGUCCUGUUGAACAUGAUCCUGAAUAUUUACUUAUUGUUGAUGCAAAUAAUUUACUUGUUGAAAUUGAUAAUGAAAUUGAUAUUAUUCAUAAUUUUGUUCGAGGACUUUAUCGAAAAAGAUUUCCUGAAUUAGAACAACUUGUUCAAUUACCAUUAGAUUAUCUUAAAACUGUUCAAGAAUUAGGAAAUAAAGUUGAUCAAGCGAAAGCAAAUGAAAAUUUACUUAAAUUUUUAACACAAGCAACAAUUAUGAUUGUUAGUGUAUCAGCUUCAACUACUCAAGGACAAAAUUUAACUGAUGAAGAAUUAGAACGUGUUAUGGAAGCAUGUGAUAUUGCAAGGAAAUUAAGUGAAAAUAAACAAACAAUAUUAUCUUAUGUUGAAUCUCGAAUGACAUUUAUUGCACCAAAUUUAUCAAUUAUUGUUGGUGCAUCAACUGCAGCUAAAUUAAUGGGUAUGGCUGGUGGUUUAACAAAUUUAACAAAAAUGCCUUCAUGUAAUAUUCUAUUAUUGGGUGCACAUAAGAAACUUCUGGGUGGAUUUUCAACAACAGCAGCUAUGCCUCAUGCAGGAGCGAUUUUUUAUUCAAAAAUUGUUCAAGAUUGUCCACCGGAUCUUCGAGUAAAAGUCGCACGUUUAGUUUCUUGUAAAGUAACAUUAGCUGCACGUGUUGAUAGUUUUCAUGAAAGUCCUCAAGGUCAACAAGGAAAAAUUUUAUUAAGUGAUAUUGAACGACGUAUAGAAAAAUUAGAAGAACCACCACCAGUUAAAGCAGUGAAACCAUUACCACCACCCAUUGAUCCUGGAAGAAAGAAACGUGGUGGACGAAGACAUAGAAAAAUGAAAGAACGUCUUGGAAUGACUGAAUUACGUAUUGGUGCUAAUAAAACCAAAUUUGGAGAGAUUGAAGAAGAUGCUUAUCAAGAUGCAGUUGGAUUUUCAACAGGUAUGCUUGGAAAAUCUGGCUCAGGAAAAGUUCGAGCAGCACAAGUUGAUUCGAAAACAAAAGCAAAAAUAUCUCAAAAACUUCAAAAAACUUUACAACGUCAAAAUAAUGCAUAUGGUGGUACAACAACAGUACAUAAUAGAAAACAAAUUAGUGGAACAGCAUCAAGUGUUGCUUUUACUCCACUUCAAGGCCUUGAAAUUGUUAAUCCAAAUGCAGCUGAUAAAGAUAAAACAGGAAUCGAAAGUCAAAAAUAUUUUUCGAAUACAUUUGGUUUUACUAAAAUUAGUCCAUCUGUUAUACCAAAAACAACUUAA